AAAUGUUUUAAAAUCGCUUUAUGAAAUGAAAAGAAAGAAAAGUUACUGAAAGUAUUUACAUUUUUAUAUCAAUCAUUAUUUUGAAAGCAAGUGUUUUUUUCAACAAUUUUUAUACACCCAUUAAGAUCAAACCCUCUAAAGAACCAAAACACCUUUUGCUUUAGUGCCUCAUAAAUAGCAACUGCUUCUGAAAACAAUGUUAUCUAAAGUCGUUCUUUUUUAAUAUGAAAGAGGUAGUAUCUAUCUAAUGCAUUAAUUAUAUAUAUUAUCGAUGUGUCAUAUCAGUCAUAAAACAUUUAUAGCAUCAGAGAAGUAUCUUAGGUCUUAGGUAUAGUUUAAAAAAUAUUGCUCAUUCUUAACACCCUAAGCAUUUAUAUCUGGGUUUAUUGGUGCAAUUUUGGUACAGCGACACAAUUUAAAGAUAUAUUAAUGUCUCUUAAUAAUCCUUCAGGAUUUGUUCUUAAUUGCGGUAUAUAAGCCAGAUUGUUAUUUGAUAUUGGUCAGUAUUAGCAAGCAAUGGAUUUACGUUUAGUUUUUGUAAGCUUGGUUUUGAGCAGUGUAAAUUGUCGAAGUACUCGUCCGGCAAACUUGGAGAAUGUUGUUCCUGGUCACUUGGAGUCAUGGAAUCCCGAACUUUUUGAAAAAAUAUUUCCUAACGUCGAUCUCCAGCUAGAUAAUCGAAUAGUAGGUGGAAUUGAAGCUACUCCACACUCUAGACCUUAUCAGGUGGGAAUUAUCGUACCAGUUGCGAGUGGAGGGUCGCAAUUCUGUGGCGCUUCUCUCAUCAACACCAUGAAUAUUUUGACUGCCGCUCAUUGCGUUGAUGUGUUAUCGGGUAAUCUAACAGCUUAUUUGGGAGCCCACAACAUGCUGCCUACAGAAGCAGAAAAUGCAACUGUGCUGCAAACAGAUGAAGUCGUAGUUUAUCCACUGUGGAAUCGAAGCAUAAUCCUGAACGAUAUAGCUCUAAUUCAUUUAAAAGAACCAGUGGAGCUAACUGCAAAUAUUCAACCAAUCGAAAUACCCGAAGACGAUUCCCAAGACUACGCAGGCGAAACAAGUUUGGUAACAGGAUGGGGCAGACCAUCAGAAACUGUAGCGGGCAUUUCCCCAGUCCUAAACGAGCUAACUUCACAUGUUAUGAGCAAUUAUCCUUGCAGACUGGCCUACUUGGGUUACGUUGAAGAUAGUAAUAUCUGUAUGUCCAGCUAUCUAGGCAAUGCUACUUGUAGUGGCGAUUCAGGAGGACCUUUGACUGUAGAUGGAGUGCAGGUUGGAGUCGUAUCGUUUGGAAGUGGUUGGGGCUGUGCUCAAGGCUUUCCGUCAGUUUUUGCCCGAGUCACUUACUACCUGGACUGGAUCAGGGAAAAUCUGAAAGCUAUUCCAGAAACAACUACUAGCACGAGCACAACAGAAGCAACAACCAGCACCGCCAGUUCAUCAACAACUGCUACUAGUUCAACAGAAGAUCCCUCAUCUACCACUAGUUCAACAGAAGAUGCGUCUUCUACUACCAGUUCAUCAGACGAUGGUUCAACGGAAGCCACAUCAACAUCUACAACCAGCACUUCCGAUGAUGGGUCAUCCACUACGAGUUCAACAGAGGAUUCAGCAUCGACUACUUCUUCUACAUCUACAACCAGCCCUGCAGAUAACGCAUCUACUACUACGAGUUCAACAGAAGCUCCGACAUCGACUACUGCAUCCACAUCUACAACUAGCUCUUCAGAUGACGCAACAUCUACUACUAGUUCAACAGAAGCUACGCCAUCGACUACUGCAUCCGCAUCUACAACUAGCUCUUCAGAUGACGCAUUAUCUACUACUAGUUCAACAGAAGCUACGACAUCUACUACUGCAUCUACAACUACUACCAGUCCAUCUGACGAUGCCUCAUCCACUACCAGUUCAACCGAAGACGCAUCAGCGUCUACUACAAGCUCAACGGAAAGUACAUCUUCUAUUGCCAGUUCCACAAUAACUAAGUCAAAUCGGCUUAAAUGUCGAACUAUAAAAGCGAACUCAAGACGAAUUCAUGGACAAUACGUAAAUAUGGCUUCAGCUAUAAUACUAUGUGUAGUUGCGUUAGCUUCAGUGGUGGCUGCUCAGCUUUUGACUGCGGAAGAACUUGCAAGCGCAGUUCCAGCUCAUUUGGAAUUGGAUCCAGAGUUCCGUAAACUGCAUCCAAACAUACCUGGACCAUCUGAAGAUGUAGAUUCUUUUAUAGUUGGAGGUGUUGAAUCAACUCCACAUUCAAGGCGCUAUCAGGUGGGAAUUUACAUUCCGGUUUCAACAGCAGGAAAUUCGUUUUGUGGAGGAUCUCUGAUCAAUGCCCGUACAGUUGUUACUGCAGCUCACUGUGUAGAUAUUCGCGUGGGAAAUCUCUCAGUUUACAUGGGAGCUCACAAUAUGCCACCGGGCGGGGAUUUGAAUUUCGUAGCAAGAUUUGCAGGGGAUGUAGUUAUUCAUGAGGGUUGGAAUCGGUCCAUUCUUCUACACGAUAUUGCUCUGAUCAGAUUUGAAGUUGCAGUACCGUUAAGCGCAAGUAUUACACCAGUGCUCCUUCCAAGAGAUGCCACCAAUGACUACCUCGGAAACAUCGGCUUGGUGACUGGUUGGGGACGUUCCUCCGACAGCAAUAACGCGAUUUCUCCAGUGCUGCGAGAAGUAACUUCGUCAGUUAUCAGCAACUAUGCCUGCAGACUGGCAUAUACAGGCAUUAUAGAAGAAAGUCAUAUUUGCAUUUCUGGAGGUCAAGGAAGGGGCACUUGCAAUGGCGACUCUGGUGGUCCAUUGGUUGCUAAUGGAGUUUUGGUUGGAGUCGUAUCUUUUGGUAGCGCUUUUGGUUGUGAAGUGGGUUGGCCCUCAGCAAUGACCAGAGUCUCUUACUAUUUGGACUGGAUUAGUCAGAACCAAGCACCAGAAGAAUAGAUAUAAUUGUUCGUUUUUAACAUAACGUUCUAUUGUCGAAGUUAUAAAAUACAAGUUGUUGAUAAGGAAAAA